AGCAACACAAACGUCUGUUAAACAUCUGUAAAACAUUUGUUCUCUCUCAGAUAAGAUUUCCUCAUUCAACUCUGUGCUGCCACCCCGGGCGUGUAAAACACAGCAGCCUGUGUCCGGCCAGCGCUCAGAACAGCGAGGAGCUUUUUUGUGCUGCUGCACCAAAACAGUUUCUUUACAGUGGAUUUGAAGUAUUUUUCCAAGUAUCAUGGAUGCUCGAGGGGUCUGGUUGAUGUUUUGCCUUCUCCUGCUGGCACGCUGCACAUUCCAGCAGACCGCCUCCUCAAAGAAAAGAAAUGGUAAGAAAGACUCUGCAAACAGUGCUGCAAUUGAGGAGCUGAAGAAACAGAUUGCUGACAUUGUUCAAGAGCUGAAUUUGCUGAAGGAGCAGCAAGCUUUGCAGACAGUUUGUCUACGAGGCACCAAGAUCCUUGGUAAGUGUUUCCUGGCUGAUCCUGUGAAGAAGACCUUCCACGCAGCCAGCGAUGACUGCAUCGCCAAGGGGGGCAGUCUGAGCACUCCCCUGACAGGCGAUGAGAACGACCAGCUCUACAGCUACGUACGUCAGAGCAUCGGCCCUGAGGAGCACAUCUGGCUGGGCAUCAAUGACAUGGUGACAGACGGCCAGUGGGUGGACCAAUCAGGCUCCAACGUGCGCUUCAAGAACUGGGAGACAGAGAUCACCCUGCAGCCAGACGGAGGGCGCAGCCAGAACUGUGCCAUCCUCUCCACCACAGCCAUCGGGAAGUGGUUUGACGAGAGCUGCCGAGCCGAAAAGGCUUCUGUGUGCGAGUUCAACAUCGUGUGAGUGUCUGACAUUCACAUCACUCUGCACAGAUGAAUACUUCUGAACUUGGGCAUGAAACAUGUAGAGUAUCAGGUACAUUUAUGCAAUGCAUUGGAAAAUAACGUGCUGCAUUUUCUCUUCAGCUCUCAUUUUCUUGACCAAGCCAUUCAGAUGCAGUGCAUUGACUUCACACAGUGGUCUGGGAUACAGUAUGUCAUUGUAUAAGCUAAACUUUUGCUCACUAAACUUGUGAUCUCAAACAUUUCAGCAUAUCUUAUAGCAUAUUACAUGAAGGUAAACACCACUGGAUGGCUUGUCUUUGUUAUAUGCAUUUUAUGUCAUCUGCUUAUCAAUGCAAUAAAACAAUUUUUUUUACUGAAGAGCAUAAAUCACAAGCGCCUUUUCUGAGGCACUGUCUUUACUUCUGAUGUCAAGGUAUGCUGCCUGUAUUACAUUAUAUAAUGUUAAUAAACAUAUGUCUCCUCA